CUCGAUAUAGCAUCAGCUCAGUUACUCCUCUCGCUACAUCCUGUUGUGAAGCAGCGCGACUCGGCCUCGUCUGGCUGUCGCUCAUGCAUGGGGCUCUCUCUCUAUCACACACUCAAACAGACACAGGCACAUAAACACCUCUGUGGACCCUGUGUGUGAAGAGCAAGCUGGAUGUGAGACCCUUGUUUCCUGGGCUAGCAGAGGAAUAGACUAGAUCUGAGUCUGUGUGACCUGGGCUAUCUGAAGAACAGGCUGGAUCUGGGCUAGCAGAGGAAUAGACUAGAUCUGAGUCUGUGUGACCUGGGCUAUCUGAAGAACAGGCUGGAUCUGGGCUAGCAGAGGAACAGACUAGAUCUGAGUCUGUGUGACCUGGGCUAUCUGAAGAACAGGCUGGAUCUGGGCUAGCAGAGGAACAGACUAGAUCUGAGUCUGUGUGACCUGGGCUAUCUGAAGAACAGGCUGGAUCUGGGCUAGCAGAGGAACAGACUAGAUCCCAGUCUGUGUGACCUGGGCUAUCUGAAGAACAGGCUGGAUCUGGGCUAGCAGAGGCCCUCAGUGGGAAAGGAAACCGUUAACGUGACUCUGGGGAGCAAACCGGCACAGGGGUCCCUCAUGAUGGGGUGUUGUCUGUUUGUGCAUCAGAAGAAGAAGAGGAAACAGAUGAGGGAUGUGGACUCUCUCAGCCUGUGCAGUCUGGACAUCAACGAGCCCAGUAACAAGCGGGUGAAGCCCCUGUCCCGCGUCAUCUCUCUGGCCAACCUCAUACCUCCAGUCAAGACUGCUCCUCUGAAGCGCAUAGGACAAACACUGCAGCGUUCCAUCAGCUUCCGCAGUGAGAGUCGGACGGAGACGCUCAUGCCUCCUCGACCAUGGACGCGGCCGGCCCCGCCUGCCAACACUAAGCGGCGAGACAGCAAGCUGUGGAGCGAGACCUUUGACGUGCGGCUCGGACACCAGAUGCUGUCCUCUAAGGAAAUCAAACGCCAGGAGGCCAUCUUUGAGCUUUCUCAGGGCGAGCGGGAUCUCAUUGAGGAUCUGAAGCUGGCCAAGAAGGCGUACCAUGACCCCAUGCUGAAGCUGUCCAUUAUGACAGAGCAUGAACUCACCCAGAUCUUCGGAACCCUGGACUCCCUCAUUCCGUUGCAUGAAGAUCUGCUGAGUCGAUUGCGAGAGGCCAGGAAACCAGACGGCUCUACAGAAACUGUGGGACACAUUCUAGUGGACUGGUUACCAUGUCUGGACUCCUACAACUCAUACUGCAGUAACCAGGUGGCAGCCAAAGCUCUGCUGGACCAUAAGAAGCAGGAUCACCGGGUGCAUGACUUCCUGCAGCGCUGCCUGGAGUCGCCCUUUAGCAGGAAGCUGGACCUGUGGAACUUCCUGGAUAUACCCAGGAGCCGUCUGGUCAAAUACCCUCUGCUGCUCAGGGAGAUCCUCAAACACACACCUAACGACCAUCCGGACCGUCAACACCUGGAUGAGGCAAUCAACAUGAUCCAGAGCAUCGUUGCUGAGAUCAACACCCAGACGGGUGAGUCUGAGUGUCGUUUCUACAAGGAGCGUCUCCUCUAUCUGGAAGACAGCCAGAGAGAUCUGCUCAUUGACAGCUCCCGCAUCCUCAGCUGUCACGGGGAACUGAAGAACAACAGGGGCGCUAAGCUGCAUGUGUUCCUGUUCCAGGACGUGCUGGUCAUAACCAGGGCCAUCACCCACAGCGAGCAGCUGCACUACCAGCUGUACCGCCAGCCCAUCCCAGUCAGAGAGCUGCAGUGGGAGGACCUGCAGGACGGGGAGAUCCGUCUGGGGGGCUCCAUCAGAGGGGCCUUCAGCAACAAUGAGAGGACCAAAAACUUCUUCAGAGUGUCGUUUCAUAGUGGUGGACAGCUCCAGUCCCACUCGUUCCAAGCCAGCGAUGCCUUCAACAAACAGCAGUGGCUCAACUGCAUCCGCCAGGCCAAAGGAGCCGCUGAGUCGGCCGUGGGGGUGGGGAUUCCUGUAGGGGUGGGAACCAGUAGCAGUGACCCAGACCCCCGUCCAAGCCUACUCAGCCCCCAGAGACCUCUGAGUCCUCCCCUCUCAGGAGCACUGGCCCCCCAGCCAGAGAGCAUGGUCCACAGUGACAGUGACUCGUCUGUAGACUCUCCAGAUUGUAGCAUGGACAUGGACACGGCCGAGGCUUCUGACUCCACCACAGGCUGGCCUGGCUCUGCCCAGAUGGACCAAACAGACUCUAGUAGCAGCAGCAGGCCAGCAGAAGUGUGACCACUGGGCUGUCAAGGCUACACCUGGGCAGUAUUGGUGGUAACAUGGCGAUGUUCUUUAUAUGCGGGAGGGAGGCAACACAGUGGGUGGAUAUUGUAGAGCACUUCUUUUCUCUACCCCUUUUUUUCAUUUGUUGUUUUUCUCUUAACUUUCUUUCUAUGAGCCUGUGGUGUAGUCUAUAGCAGUGGUAUCCAUGUGUCUUAGCUGUGACUGGCAGUUCUACUAUGGAUGUCUGCAUGGAGAGGAAGGCAGCCAUGACUGGGACCUCAGGACAGUAUUGUUGUUGUUGCUCCUGCUCUGACUCUUGACCUCUGCUGUGGGCAGAGUCCUCCUACCCUACAGACAGGCUCCUCUCAUCACCUUCUCACCACAACUAGAAACACUGCCAUCACCUCUUAUCCCACUGCACUACUACUGUGGUCUCCCAGAGCAAAGAGAAUACAUGGAUGAUGUUCUUUUUAUAUAUAUAUAGAAUAUAUUGUAUGUAGGAAUCUAGAGAACCUGUUGCGUUUGCAAUAAUUGACCCAGUCAAAAUGACCAGAAGAAUGUUUUCAAAGACAAUCAAUAUGAUGAUAUGUUGUUGUUGUUGUUGUUGUUAGGACUUGACAUGGAGUUAGAGUUUAUUUUGUUAAGGAUGGGUUACAACAGUGUUAAUGGGGCAUAGUUGUUUGCUACAGAUUCUUCCCACAUCUUGGCCAGAACUAUGAUGUUCCAGAACUAUGGCGUUCCAGAACUAUGGUGUUCCAGAACUAUGGCUUUCCAGAUCUAGGGCGUUCCAGAUCUAUGGCGUUCCAGAGGUCAGCAAUUGGCAUCUAGAACUGGCCUCUUGGUAAUGUAUCCUAGUAUGAACACAUCACUCAGAGGGGAUAGCUGUUAUUAUUGGUGGGUCAAGCUGGUUUGAUUAAUUGGGUGUUUAUUUUUUAUAUCCUGUCUAAAGUUCAGUUCUGCAUUGGUGGGAAAGGGCUCAAAAGUGAGCAGUCACUGUAGUCUACACCUGUUGCAUUCUGCGCAUGUGACCAUUUUUUUAUUUUAAAUUAAUAUGAGUUCGAAAAAAAUGAUAGGACCACCUAUUUCUCCACAAGUAGGAAGUGGGAACAGAAGCAUUUUACAGCAAGUAAACAGCCCUUCCUGGAGGAAGCAAGAUUCUCCGUGGUGUUAAGAGUCAAUGUCUUACAGAGAAGCUUUGUAUUAAAAACAGUAUUAAAUUAAUUACUUUAAGUGUGUUUUAGUAGUGUCAGGUUUUUAAUCACCCACAAAGUUCUUUACUCACUGGACAUUUUUGUAAAAAGCGAUGCUGAGACUUUUGUAUGGUUUAAAGAAGUGGUCGCAUGUGUCAUAGCUAAACUCAGACCAGUCCUCUGUCACUGGGUGCUCUCGGUGUUGAACUGAUAAACGAGGACUGCUAAAUCAUUGACAAAAAUGUGUACGUUUCGGGUAAUUAUAAUCUUGUGCAAGUUUACUUGUGGGGCCUCAUGUUCUCUUUCAUUUGAAUAGAAUGUCACGUGUUGAAAAAAGGAAUCGGUUUGACCAAGUAAUCACUAAAAGAAAUAUCCAAAAUACAGUAUAUUCUUUUAUUGUUUUGUUUUUUAAAGAAAUGUAUUGAAAUGUAUUCUUUAGGAUGUCUAUUUAUAGUAUUUUUUUUCUAUGAAUUAAUGUUAUAUGCUUUUGUUUGGUUCAUGCUGGAGACUAGAGGUGAGAAUUAUGGUUGUACAGGGAGAUAUGGGACUGGGAAGGGCCUAAAGAACUAGACUGGAAAAUAAGGUUUUCAGAACCAGCUACUUAUGUGGCUGUAGGCUAUGUAAACCUUCAGACACAUGGACUUGAAAGGAAAAGAGACUAUAUUGAAAUAUAUGAACUGACUGAAAAAGAUUGACAUGAACAUGUAUAACCUAAUGGAAUUUAGACUGUACCAAAUAAAAGAUAUGAACCAAA